AAGCAGAAAAACCAAAAUAAGCAGUGAAUUAGGGAGUAGGAUAAUAAAGGAAUGAAAUUAAUAUGGGAAUGAAUGUACCCAUAUUUUUGGUACAAGUUGCUGCUCCAUCACCAUAUUACUUUAAAUCACUGCCUCUCCUCUAUCUCUAUAUAUACCUCGUUACCAACACGCUACCUAAGCAGCCGUUGGGAGCUUUAUACAUAUAUAAAUAUAUACAGUAGGAGGAUUAGGUUGAGUGUUUAGAAAUAUGGAGUGGAGGAAAUGUUAUCUGGAUGUGGUGCUGGUACCUCUAGGGUUUAUGAUAACAAUGGCCUAUCAUUCCUUCUUAUGGCACAAGGUUCGCACUCAGCCCCUCACCACCAUCAUCGGCACUAAUGCUACGGCCAGGCGGUUUUGGGUUUCUGCCAUCAUGAAGGAUAAUGAAAAGAAAAACAUCUUGGCCGUCCAAACUCUUCGAAACUUAAUCAUGGGAUCAACCCUAAUGGCCACUACGUCAAUCCUUCUGUCAGCUGGGUUGGCAGCCAUAAUAAGCAGCACCUAUAGCGUGAAGAAACCACUAAACGAUGCCGUAUACGGAGCUCAUGGUGAAUUUAUGAUAGCCCUAAAGUACGUCACCCUGUUGACCAUCUUCCUAUUCUCAUUCUUCUGCCAUUCAGUGUCCAUAAGGUUCGUCAAUCAGGUGAAUAUACUGAUCAACACGCCGCCGGACUCGAUGUGCAUAGUGACGGCGGAGUACGUGACUGAGCUGCUAGAUAAAGGGUUCAUUAUGAACACGGUGGGGAACAGGCUCUUCUACGCAGCAAUGCCGCUUCUGCUCUGGAUAUUCGGGCCGGUGCUGGUUUUCCUGUGCUGCGUGACGAUGGUGCCGGUGCUUUACAAUCUAGACUUUGUGUUCGGUAGUAGCGCAAAAGGAAAAAUGAAUGUUCAUGGAGAAAGAGACUUUGUUUGAUUAAAUUAAUUUCGAUUACUAUUUUAUCAAUACAUGUAUGUCUUUACAAAUAUAGAUGGAUGCAUGGAAUUAUAGAAGAGUUUAAUUGGAUUUUGUAAGUAAGCUUAAGUUUAAGCUUGAUUUUAAUUUAAAUGUAUGUAAUUAAUGCUGAUGCUCACUUUAUCUCAAUAUGCUUGGAUAAGUAAUUCCGAAGUCUGCUA